GGAGCAGGUGCGUGUGACUCAGGAGGUCAGAGCAGAGGUGGAUACCAGGAGACACAGGUCAGAGGUCGAGGAGACCACCUUCCAACACCUCCUUAACAACGACACUGACGUCAGCCUGGGAACCAAGAAGGUUCUAGAGGAGUGUUUAGCUGAAGCAGGCCAGCUGGGAGUGGACACCGAGUGGCAGGCUGAGGUGAUGAGGCGUCUAGACCAGGAGGAUGCAGCCCGGGACAGACACUACCACCAUCUGGCUGGACUACACAGAGAGACCCUCACCAAGGAGCAGCAGCUAGUUAAUAUCAUGGAGGACGUAGAGGGCCAGAGGUGGGAGGAGGUGGUGUCUCAGAAGGCCCAGCUAGAGGAGCAGAGGCAGGCUGCAGCCGCAGCCGAGGCCAACAGGAGAGUCUUCCUCAGCCAGGAGGAAGAGGAGAACGAGCAGCACAGAGACAACCUCCGCAGGAGCCAGGACCACUCACUCACAGGUCAACAGUGGGAGAUGAGAGCCAGGUCUCCGUGCUCCACUAGUGGCAUGCUUCACAAUCCUGUUGCUUCUCCUGGUCCUCAUCAGUCUCAACAACAUCACAGUCCCAACAACAUCUGUCUAAACAACCAGUCCACCUCAGACGACUCCACUUGCUUCUCUCUGGACCGGGGUCGAGGGAGCUGGACUGCAGAGAGAGGGAGUUGA